CCACAGACCAACUCCACACGCUGAACACCACUUUUCGCGCACCAUUUCGCGCAACCUCCACAUCGAUAUUCUUUGCCAGCAUGCGAUAGCAAAAUAAACUCCUGCAUAUCUACUCCGACGUUUGCUGACCUUUCUCCCUGUGCGCGCCACCUGUCGCACCUUCCCUCGCACACGAUCUACCCUUUCAAGCAGGCACUUGAUUACGCGCUGCCAGAAUGUCGUCACCAAUUUCAGCCGGCUCCUCGCCGCUUUCAUCAUUGUCUUCAGUUCCAGAUGACGAGCCUAUACCAUCCUUCAUGUUGAACGACGCUCAACCGGCGGCCGAGAGCGAGGAGUCCUCCUCUGAGGUCGAGGAGGAUGAUAAGUCUAAAGCUGAGAGAGAGACUUCACCACCACAUGAAGAAGUGCUUGCAGACAAUCCUGACAUCGCAUUCAUAGUGAUGUUCCGAGCACGAUUCAGCGACGCCUUCCCCCAGAAGCUCAUGCACUUUGGACCGCAGGAUAUAGAAAAUGGGGUAGUGGGUUCAAUGCCUUCGCCACAGAUUGAACAUCUGCUGUGUGCUUUGCUUGGGCUGGUGCUGAACCGCAAGAAACCAGUUGAAAGUGGACACUACGGUCGAGCCUUGGAGGAGGCCAUCCAGGCCAAUAAGGCGCAAUGGCCUCGAGCAUGGAACCAAGUCAAUCCACUGCAUGGUGGGCGGACUUUCAAUAGUAUGAGCCCGUCAGAGCGUCUUGGCCUACUUCGAGCCCUUAUCCUGUGGUCCUUGCACGAAUCCGACGCCAUCAAUGCAAUCAUAAAAGAAGGUUACAAACAAUCUAGACAACAAGAUGACCUGAAUGUGACAUUAUCAGUGCAGCCGUGGGGCAAGGAUGGCCUGAAGCGCAGAUACUGGCUUAUUGAGGGAAGAGACGACACGCCCUUCCGCCUGUACCGUGAGAACAAUCCUGCGCUAAAGAAUGGGACGUGGUGGAGCGUGGCAGGUUCAAUAGAUGAGCUGAGAAAGCUUGGGGAAAAGUUGGAGAAAGAGACAGCACAAUCCUCGCGCAGACUUGCUCAGCGCAUCAACAUGGCCAUUCCGCGCUUUGAGGCUACAGAAGAGAAACGUCGACGUCGCGAAUAUCGUCUCGCCCGCAAAGCUGCGUUCGCUCGCCCAGAGCCUGGCUUUUCAAUGUAUGAAGGACGUACAAGAGGCAAACGAAUGCGAUAUACAUACGAAGAGGAAGACGACGAACUCUCAGAAGCGCUGGGGACUAGGCGAUCAACGCGGAACUCUGGUGCCAUAACACCUUCUGAAAAUGCACGUCCAACUACAACCCUGAGUGGCCGCCAGGUACGCUCACGUGUUGGUGGUAUUUACGGAGAGACGCUUCUGAGUGGCCAAAUCACAGACACGCGUCCCUCUCCAGCUACAGACCUUUCUGAUGAGCCUGUUCGUGCUUCCCGCUCUGGUCGAGCCGGCGUUUCUCGCCGAAGGAUCGAUGAAGACGUCGAGACGUCGUCUGAAGAAGAGUGGGACGGUGGUGAUGAAGACGAACCAGAUGAACCGGACGAAGUUAUGGACGACUUUGAAGAUGAAGAUGAGAUUAGCGAGGGCGACUCUUCGGACGAGGACAUGGAGCCAAAGAGCUUGAUUGUCACUCUCCGCUACGGGAAAAACCGUCCAUUGUCCGCUUUCCAAGCAUCGAACACAGAAAAAGAGAUCGGUCCGGAUGCCAAUGCACCUGAGCAACAACCAUCGGAUCCGCAAGCUGGCCCAGCACCUCACCAGACGCAACAGGCAGCCGGGUCAGCGCACAGUAAUGGAUACCCAACCCCAAGCUCCACGACAAAUAGUACUGGUGGUUACGCAUUUUCGCCACCACGAGCACCUGUCGUCACUCCUGUUCACAGUUUCUCGCCAAAGCAGAGUGCUGCGCCGUUGAAGCAAACCCAACUGCCGUUCCAACCUGUGCCACCAUCAGUACCUCCGUCUGAACCGCGAGCUCAUUCAACGGAUCAUGCAACUUUGCAAAAACCUCCUUAUGAGCAGCCUUCUAGCACUCAGACGGCACAACAACCUCCUACCUGAAAAAGAGUUUAUGUCGCAUAUUUAAGGCGUGAACUUAUUCCAGCUGAAGUAGUGCGCUUCUCUCGAAAAACUGGUAUUCUUCGAAUUCAGCUGUUGGAGCUGGGAUUUCGAGGAGUAUGCAUGACGCCGGUUAGUCUGCUUUAUAGCAGGUGUGAAUUAGGAUAGCGCCAGAAAACAGCUAGAUUAUUAAAUCGCCAAUCUAACUAUGAUCCAUCUUA